CCCGCGCCCUGGCCGGGGCCGGAAGCGGCGGGGCGCUAAGAUGGCGGCGGCGUGAGUUGCAUGUUGCGGGGCUGCCGAGUCCGUUGGGAAGAAGCGUCCGCCCGGCGCGUCCCGCCCGCCCGCCAUGGCGGUGACCGUCACCCUCAAGACGCUGCAGCAGCAAACCUUCAAGAUCCGCAUGGAGCCCGAGGAGACGACUAACACGGCUGCUACUCUGAAACCAGACGCCCUUGAGGUGUUAGAGGUGCGGGUCCUCAAGGAGAAGAUUGAGGCCGAGAAAGGCAAGGAGGCUUUCCCCGUGUCAGGCCAGAAGCUGAUCUACGCUGGCAAGAUCCUGAGCGACGAUGUCGCCAUCAAGGAGUACAAGAUCGAUGAGAAGAACUUCGUGGUGGUCAUGGUGACCAAGACCAAAUCCAACUCGGGCGUCCCAGCCCCCUCCCCUGGCGACGCUGGGCCGGCCAGUGUCCCGGAGCCAGCCCCGUCGGUGGGGCAGACGCCGGCGCCUGCGGCCGGUGCCGAUGCUGUCCUGCCCCCAGUGCCUGUGGCGCCGAGCGAGGAGAAGCCUCCGGAGGAGCCGGCUGUUGUCACGCUGCCCGAAUCCACUGCCGGCUCUGUUCCCUCUUCAGGUAGCGUGGGGCGCCCAGACGACGCGGCUUCCACCCUGGUGACCGGCUCGGAGUACGAGACGAUGCUGACCGAGAUCAUGUCCAUGGGAUAUGAGCGGGAGCGGGUGGUGGCUGCACUCCGGGCCAGCUACAACAAUCCCCACCGCGCUGUGGAGUACCUGCUGACGGGCAUCCCAGGCACCUCCGAGCCGGAGAGAGCCCCGAUCCAGGAGAGCCAACCCACAGAGCAGCCAGCACCAGAAGGCGAGAACCCGCUGGAGUUCCUGAGAGACCAGCCCCAGUUCCAGAACAUGCGACAGGUGAUCCAGCAGAACCCAGCCCUGCUCCCGGCCCUGCUCCAGCAGUUGGGCCAGGAGAACCCCCAGCUACUGCAGCAAAUCAGCCAGCACCAAGAGCAGUUCAUCCAGAUGCUGAACGAGCCGCUGGGAGAGAUGGCCGACAUCUCUGACAUCGAGGGGGAGAUCGGGGCCAUCGGAGAGGAAUCUCCCCAGAUGAACUACAUCCAGGUCACGCCUCAGGAAAAAGAAGCCAUAGAAAGGUUAAAGGCCUUAGGAUUCCCGGAAAGUCUGGUCAUCCAGGCGUACUUUGCUUGUGAGAAGAAUGAAAACCUGGCUGCCAAUUUCCUGCUGAGUCAGAACUUCGAUGACGAGUGAUGCAAGGAAAAAGGAAGAAAAAAAAUUUUAUAUAUGAAAAAAUUCUCUCUAUAUCUAUUCCUGUCUAUUUAAGGGGUACAUGGGAGAGACCCCAAUUCCCCCCCCCCCCCCCCAAUCAGACAAACUUACAUCCAGAUUCGACCAGCCCAGCCUUCUGGCUUGAGGAAAUGCUCUUUUCCCCGCUCCCCGUGGAACUGGACAGCUGGGGAUCUGAGUCGCAGAACUAGCCCCUAGUCCCAGCCCCCCUCCCCCGGCGCCUGGGCCGUGGGUGAAUUCAGUUGCACCCCUCUCCUGCAUGGGGCUUGCUCUGGGGUGGGGAGAAGGGAUUUGGGGCUGGUCGAGGGGGUCUGUGGGCUCCUCGCCCAGCCCAGAACUUGUGUGCAGGUUGCUUUGCUGUUGAGAUGACCAGCCCCUGGGGAAAGGCUGAGCUACUCUGCUUCCAUCCAUCACCCACUAGCCGUGUGUUGGUCUCCUUUAAUUUCCCUUCCCCAGUCCCGCUUUCUGCCACGACCCAGCCACCAGCCAGUUUGGGACCCUAUCUAUCCCGCUUCGAACCUGCAUGGCUCACACAGAUCACAGUUGGCCCACCCCACUCCCCAGUCUGGUGUGUUAGUGGUUGGCUUUGCCUGCAUAGAGGAGGCUAAACCAUGUUGCCAGUCUGGAUCCGUGCUGAGCAGAGCGCAGAUCCCUGCUCCUAGACAAGGCAGGGUUUAAACUAGCCGCCUCUGCUAGCAGUUAGCUCCAGAUCCAGGAGGACUGAGAACUGGCUUCCUGUGAGCCCAACCUGUGUUUAAGAACCAGCUGUUCUGGCACUUGUCCCGCCCUCCCUGCGAGGCAUGCAUCGAAACGAACUGCUCAGCUAGCUCCCCGCCGCGCUGCUGCGGAAGGCAGGGGGCGGGUGCUGCCUUAGAACAGCCCGUGCUGAGCCAGGGCUGCCGUGAAAAGACAGGGUUUGACUCUCGGAGCCAGGUCCCUCAACAGGGUCACUUGUGCGGUGUUUACUGCUCAGACCUCGGUCCCUGUGCUGUGCCGAGGGAGAUGGAAAGCCAUUAAACCCCUGCCUGCCCUAAAAGGAUCUUUUUCAAAUUACCCCUUUGAAAAGUGCUGCAAAUCAGUCCCUUCCUCUGCUGGGUUUAAGCCCUGUUUCCAAUUCUAUUGGAGUUUUAAGGGAACUAAACACGAGGAUGUCUUUUUAACCUUGAUUUUUCUCCUCAUUGGGGGAUUACAAAACCACAGAUUUAUUAGAUUAAAAUCUAUUUAUUUGAAACAGGGCAACUUUUAUCCCCAGGACAAUGGGCUUAUUUUAAAAACAACAUUAAAAAAUACCCUCUUCGCUCUGGUAAUUUAAAAAUCCAAUUCUCCUCCCCUUAGGAAGCCGCUGUGCUCUGACCCACUUCUGAGAAGAUCAGAUGAAAAUCCACCCUCGUCCCACCUCCUCCCUGCUAAUUUAGUGCCAACUUGGCUGUUUUUUUCUGGAUCAUCACACCCGUCUCUGCGUCCCUAUUUCUCUCCCUGUCUCAUGCCCCCAAAACCUUGACCCCCCCGUUGAAGUAAUUCCUGACUUUUGUGGGCCAUUCUGUUGCAUACAAAUCCCACCUGGGGCUGGCUUUCCCUAGCCUGUGCAGUUGCAAAGAGAAUAGAGUAUUUGCCUCCAAAGUAAAUCCUGAAGCCAUAAAUAGCUCCUAAGCUCCAUGAUAUUGCAGGGUAGCUGUGAAAGAGGCUCAGCUAAAUUAAGCCGGUGUGAUUUUAAGGGGGCGGGAACAUGGGUUCCAAAGUGGGUGGGGACAAGAGUUUGCUAGGCCCACAUUCUUAGCUUUGCCUCAAGUGAAAAGUGGCCAUUGGUUAGAUCCAGGCCUCGCCUCCUGGCCACAGUUCCAUCUUAAAGGAGCAGUGUCCUAGCAUUUGCAGUUUGUUUUGGGGUUGAUUUGUUUUCGUGGUUGUACUUAAAAUGUUCCUAGCUGGCCGCGGGGUCUGUGCCUGCUAACCAAGGGCCCAAUCGAGCUCUUGGGGUGAAGAUGGCAGAUGGGAUAGAUUUGAUGAAGUACAUAAAAGGGGAGGAGUUGGGGUGGAAGGAUUACAUGGAAAUGUAAAACCAAAAGAGGGUGGUUCUUACCCACCCACCUUGUGGGGCCGGGAAAGUGUAACUGGGGAGGUUGUUCUAGAAUUGGGCCUCCACACCCCAGCCUCGUCAGUCAGACUGCACCCUGCUGUUCUGGGUGGCCCUGCUCCCCCUUGCCUGGCACCGGCCCCACGGCGGCUUUGUUGCACCUGUUCAUUUAGCAGCAGCUUUCCAGGCCCCGGCGCCUGUUGGUUUCUCUCUGGAGCCGCGGGGGUAGCGUGGGAAACUGGCCUCGAAUGCUGGGGUGGUGUGGGAGUCUCGGGCUGCGUCUCUGCUGAAAACCCUGCUUGAGCUCUUCAGCAUAGACUCUCGCUCCAGCGCCGGGAGUUAAUCCACCUCCCGGAGCAGCGGCAGCUUGGGCCGGGGCAGAAUUCGUCCCUGGGUCUAGUGGGGUUGGCUCUCGGCGGCGGGGAGUUUUCACACCCCUGCGAGAUGUGAUGUGUCCAUGUAAAUUUUCAGCAUAGACCAGCCCUCGCAGCCCACGUGCUGCUGAUUUAAUAGAAUUGGGGGGGGCGCUAAAUUUCCCAGCAGCCUUAGGGGAAGGCACUUCGGCUGGCUGGUCAAGCUCAGGGGUCCGGCUUCAUUUGUUUCAAUCUUGAGCUGUUCUGCUCUAGCCCAAUCUGAGUGGGGUGAUGGGAACACCAGGCCAGGGUGCCCCCUCUCCCCCCGGCUCUGGGGAAUGAAGCAGGCCUGGGCCCUGGGUGUAGGUUUCCCCCAUAGCUUUCAGUUCCCCCAGGCGGCCUCUCUCCCUGUCCGAGACUGAGUGCUUCACACCUACUGGUUUUGGGGUGCUAUGAAUGGAAUGUGAAAUAAACGAGCUGCCCCCGCCACUCGCUGACGAGGACGGGUCAGAACCUCCUAAAA